AUGAAACAACAAAAGGGUGAAACCGAUAAACGUGCCAGUUUCUCAUACUUCAAACGAUCUCCUGAUUCGCCAGCACCCGCAGAAUGGAUCACUGGAACCGAUACGGCCGGAGUUAAACGGGCCAGCUUUUUGUUUCGCAAACGUCACCAACCGCAGUGGGCUGAUAAACGAGCUUCGUUGUCAUUUUUCAAACGCUACAUCGAACCAUAUGAGCAUGAAGUUCCUGCUAUCCCGUCCGGUUAUCGGUUUAUCCCCGAAUCGUUGGACGAAUCUGGUGAAUAUGACAAGAGAGCUAGUUAUUCUUUCUAA